AUGUCUGGAGCUCUUCCAUUCACCCCGCUCUUCAUCAAUGGGCAGAAGGUUCCUUCCAGCGAUAACGAGACAUUCGAUAUCUCGAACCCAUACUCCCAUGCCAUAGUAGGCAGAUCUGCAUCAGCGACCAGCGCUGACUGCCUCGCGGCCAUCGAUGCAGCCCAUACUGCCUUCAAGACGUGGGAAUAUUCUCCGCUCCAGCAGCGGAAAGACCUUCUUAUCAAGGCUGCCGAUAUCCUCUCCACUGGCCGUUACAAACAACUCAUCCUGCAGUCCAUGAAGGAAGAGACUGCCGCUCCAAUCGACUUUUGUAUGUAUAAUUGGGGCUCCUCGCAGCUUUUUCUUCGUGACACAGCGAAACUUGGGGAUCUUAUGGGCGAUGAGAGAACAGCAUCGGAUAGGGUUCCCGGCGCAGAAGUCCUCGUUCAGAGAAGAGCAAUGGGUGUGAUCUUUGGCAUUGCCCCAUGGAAUGCACCUAUCUCACUCACACUGCGUGCUAUUGCCGUACCCAUUCUUUGUGGAAACACCGUCGUGCUGAAAUCAUCAGAAUUGAGUCCGAGGAGCCAGUUCAUCGUCGCGGAACUAUUACAUGAGGCCGGACUGCCCGAAGGGGUACUUAAUGUAGUUUCUAUAUCGAGGGAGGAUUCACCUGCCUUGACUGCUGAGAUCAUUGCGCAUCCGGCUGUACGGAAGAUUAAUUUCACAGGGAGCGAUCGUGUAGGAAAGAUAAUCGCAAGCGAAGCAGCGAAGUAUCUCAAACCUUGUGUUUUCGAGCUUGGUGGAAAGGCGCCUUCAAUUGUUCUCAACGACGCCGAUAUAGAUGCCGCCGCAAAAGGCAUAGUAUCCGGAGCCCUCCUCUACUCUGGCCAAAUCUGCAUGUCUACCAGCAGAGUCCUUGUACAGCGGGGCGUAUCCGACGCUUUGACAGAGAAGAUCUGCGUACUCUGCAAAUCUCUGAAAGCUGGAGAUCCAUAUACGGACCCGACGGCUAAGCUCUCUGCCUUGUUUUCCGAACGUUCGGCAGAGAAUGUGUUGAGUAUGUUCCACGAGGCUAUUGGAGAGGGAGCGCAAGUCCUCAUAGGAGAUGUCACGAGGGAUGGUUCUGUGAUACAACCACAUGUGUUCACCGGCGUUAAACCGGGUACUAGGCUGUGGGAGCGGGAAGUUUUUGGACCUGAACUUUCGAUUACGACCUUCAACACGAUUGAUGAAGCCGUGGAACUCACAAAUAUGUCCGAUUACACACUUACAUCAUCUCUGUGGACGUCUGAUUUAGGUGCUGCAGAGAAACUGGCACCUCGGAUUCGGGCAGGUUAUGCCAAUGUUAACGGUUCCACCAUUCACUCGGAGACCUUCUUGGGUAUUAUUGGACUUGGCGGUUCUUCGGGAUAUGGCCGAUUCAAUAUCGAAGACUUCACUAAUAGGUGUUUGGUAGUGUUCCAUCCACCACAGCAAUAUCCCCUAACAUCAUAAGCGCCAUGUUAUCGC